CAGAGGCUGAGCUCUUUCAAUCUGCAGUGCCAAACCACUUGAAAAAGCAACAACACGAAACUCUGGAGAGCACUUUAAAAACAGCCAAAAAAAUGGAUUAUGAAAAUCAAACGUGACUUUUGCCCUGAAACCGAAAUGCAAAGAAUCCGGUAACUCGGUUUGUACAGCACACAAAGGUGGUCCAACACACUUACAGACAGCACAGUUGGCAAAAAUCAACUAAAGCCUAGUGUUUUGCACAUCACUUAACUGCAGCAACCCAGCCCCCAGUGCUCCCUUCACUCCUACAUUUCCGUUUCUCGUUUGAAGCGCAUAACAAGCGGAGUUUUUUUGUGUUGGCUAAAAUACGGCAACAGCAACACUUUAAACAGCCUCUCGAAGUGUAAGUCUUGGCCAUCUCAAAAACUUUACAUCAACAACAAAGCGGAAAACACAAGAACAGCAAAAGUACAGCACUACAGAGCACACAAAACUCUAGCAAAAACGGAAAACUCGCAAGCAAGCAGGCCGUGCAUAGAAAGGCGACAAAAAUGUGCGUCAGCAGGCAGCCGUGGAUGCUGCUUGUCGUCUGUGCUUUGCUAUGCCCCGCGCUGCUCUUUUCGGGCACACACUCGACGCCCAUUGCAGCAAGACGUGGCCGCGAGCCGACGCCCUGCGCCCACGACACCAUCGCCGAACUCAUCAGAAAGAGUCCGGUUAUACUAAAGGCUCUGGGUGCACACAUUUUCUCGGACGACGCCCACACCGUUGAAUUACUGGAUGGCACAGUCAGAGGAGACGCUGUCAGUGACGCACUGAAAUGGCAGAAUGCGCAAAAUAAUUUCUUCGCAUCAGCAACACUUCACACAGCCGCUGGACCUAAGGCAGUCACCGACUCAGCACAACAACGGCAGCUGCAGCAAAGGCAAAAGUCGUUGACAACUCCAGAAUGGCGGCGCAGUCACACCGUCACAGCUGCUUCGGGGGCGAGAGUAGCGACAACGAAAGCGGUAAACUCGGCCCGAGCGCUGGACCAGUCCAUUUUAAUAACAUUAACACCGGAAACGAUAUACAAAGGCGCGUCACUCUUGAAAAUGACACCCGGAGUGGAAAAUUCUGCACGCGAAGGUAGCGGUGGAGCAGGCAGCAAUGGACGAGGCGAAGGCGGCGGCAUAGGAUGCAAUGGCAACUAUGGCACUGGAUGCGGCGGCAGUGCAACGGCCGAGUCUGCAUGUCAGUACGAAGGCCAGCUGAAUGCAACACUGCAACCUUUGUCAUGCUUCGAUGAAAACCUUUUGAAAAUCCUACCAACGGAAUUAAUUAUUUUUGGCAAAUUGAUAACUGUGCAACAACAACCAGAACAACAACAGCAGCUACCAGGUGAAUUGCACGCAACACAACAAAUGGACUUUUUAUCAAUUAGCAUAAAUGGUUUGCACCGCUGGAGUCCACAAUUUGAAAAUCACAUCUGGAAACAUUUGGGUUGGGACGAUUGGAGUGAUUUUACGCUCUGCAGCGUUACAUGCGGCAAAGGUGUGCAACAACGCUUCCGACGCUGCCUGCUCGAUAAUCCAAUGGUGAAUUUCAACAUGCAGCUCAACUUGAAUGCGGUCGCUGAUGAUGAAGAUGACGAAGAUGUGGUUGAUGACGAUACGUUGAGCAGUGCAGGCUUUGAUGAUACCCAACCCCUGGCUAAUGCAUUAGCACACACCGAUAGAAUGGACUUUGUUGCUACGCCAAUGAAUGGCAAAAACGAGUAUCAGCAACAGCAAAAGACCGAAAUUGACAAAGAGAACAGCAGCAACAACUCACAACAGCUUAACAGAAAUGCGGCUACGACGGACAAUUCCGCAAUUGUCGAACCCAUUUCAGGCACCACUGCUACCGUAGCCGAGUCAGUAGCAUCCAACGAGUACAUUGACUACAAGAUUAAUACGCCACAUAAAUCCAAUUUGAGGAAAACACUAGCAACGCGCACAGUUACGACGGCAGCGGCAAUUGUUGGCAAAAAAGUGGAAACCAAUAAAGCAGAUGACCGAGUUGAUGAUUCCAAAAGUGAAAAUAGCAAUGACAACAACGAACUGAUGCGCACAUUCGAAGGUAAUCUCAGAGUAAAUGAGGACACUUUCUUUGGCAGUGGCAAUGUGAAAUUCGGCAAAGCGACCACCAAGGACAAAGAAGAUCAUCAUGCACAGUCAGGGGAGACAACGCGACGUCAGCACAAGCGCCGAAAACCAACGAAAAACUAUUCAACCUUGUUCUGCGAAGGCUACAACAUUGAGCAGCGCAAUUGCAACACAUUCGAGUGCAGUGAUGACAUAAGUGACUUAUUAAAAUUUUACAAAAAGUUCUCCACGCCAGAGGAUGUUGCAAGCCCCGCUACAGUAGCUAUGCAAUCGUCACCGGUAAUGCCGCUUGCAGUUGAUAGCCACACAACAGCAACUGUUACGGUGGAAACGGUCAUGCUAGGCACAGCCGUGACAGCAUCAUCGGCAGGAGCACUAAUGACAGCUGACUUGGCUGGCAAUGCGGCAACAACUGGCGCCACAUCAGCUGUUGGCAACAGCACCGGCUCUGGGUCAGGCGCUACUAUCAGUGACAGUGCCAGAGCCAGAGCUUUAUUUGAUGCAGAUGCAGCAUCUGAUGUUGGCAGCUUUCUCAGUGUCAGUACGGCGAAUGCAAAUGCUGCUGCCAGCUCAGCGGCUGUUGUCAACACACCACCGUCAACGACACCAGCUAACAUGGGCUACAUUCGCAGUUGGCGGAAUCCGCUGAAUUUCACGAUAAUGCUGACGUUGCGAGUUCGAAAUGACAGCAAAACCGCAACGACGAUUUUCUCGAUACGCAACGCCACACACAAUUUGUAUCUGGAAUCAUGCAAGGACGGCUUGCGAUUGUAUCUGGAACGAGACAACACCACAGAAAUGCUGCCAUUGAAAUUUAAUUUAUACGAUUACCGUUGGCAUCAAGUGGCCAUCAGCAUACAAAAUGGAGAUUUCAUUUCCAUUUACGUCGAUUGUUCCUGGACAAAUAGUUUUGUCGUGUCGAAGCGGCUGUACACGCUGCCACUAAAUGCUGAUGUGGAAAUUGGACGUGGUUUUAAAGGUGAGCUGCAACAACUGCUGGUACUGCCCGACAACCAGGAACGACAGCAAUGCUCCAGCAAGCGGACAUCCAUAAACGAGGUGAAACGGUACAUUAUCGACACCUUCAUCGAUGAUUACGGUAAUUAAUUAGCGACAAACAGAUAAUUGAACUGCAAUCAAAAAACCAGACACAGCAACAAAAAAAUAAAAAAAAUUAAAUAACACUAACACUAACACAUUCAUAUACGAAUAUACAAUUAUUUAUGUAAUUAAAUAAUAAAGCAAGA